AUGAGCAGUGAGAAAAAGUCUGUGGAAGGCGCUUACAUAGACGAUUCUACAACAUUCGAAUCAUUUCAUCUCGACUCUCGUUUAUUACAAGCUAUAAAGAAUAUAGGGUUUCAAAACCCGACAUUGAUUCAAUCACAUUCUAUUCCUUUGGCCCUACAGCAGAAGAGAGAUAUUAUAGCAAAGGCUGCUACAGGUUCUGGGAAAACUUUGGCAUACUUAGUUCCUGUAAUUGAAACUAUAUUAGAAUAUAAAAAAACAGUUGAUAACGGAGAAGAAAAUGGUACAUUAGGUAUUAUACUUGUUCCAACAAGAGAACUGGCUCAACAAGUAUAUAAUGUUUUAGAAAAACUAGUCUUAUAUUGUUCAAAAGAUAUAAGAACUCUGAACAUAUCAUCCGAUAUGUCUGACUCAGUUUUGAAUACUCUACUUAUGGAUCAGCCAGAAAUCAUAGUUGGUACGCCCGGUAAGCUAUUAGACCUGCUUCAAACAAGGAUUGAUUCUAUUUCUUUGAGCGAAUUGAAAUUUUUAGUAGUUGAUGAAGUGGAUUUGGUGUUAACAUUUGGUUAUCAAGAUGAUUUGAACAAAAUUGGUGAGUACUUACCAUUGAAAAAAAAUUUACAGACAUUUUUGAUGAGUGCAACCUUGAAUGACGAUAUACAGGCUUUGAAACAAAAAUUUUGUCGCUCUCCAGCUAUUCUCAAGUUUAAUGACGAAGAAAUAAAUAAGAACCAAAACAAAUUACUCCAGUAUUACGUUAAAGUUAGCGAAUUUGACAAAUUUCUAUUAUGCUACGUCAUUUUUAAGCUUAACUUAAUCAAGGGUAAAACAUUAAUAUUUGUUAAUAACAUUGACAGAGGAUAUAGGCUCAAGCUAGUCAUGGAGCAAUUUGGUAUCAAGUCUUGUAUAUUAAACAGCGAGCUACCCGUUAAUUCGAGGCAACAUAUUGUUGACCAAUUCAAUAAGAACGUUUACCAACUAUUGAUUGCUACAGAUGAUACUGAGUACAUAAAAGAGGAGGAUGAUGGCAUAGAAGAAGGACAUAAUAUCGACAACCAGGAAGAGGAAAAAGUGGAAGCUGAGCCUGAAAACGAUAAGAAAUCGAGUAAGAAGAAGAAGGUCCAAGUGAAGAAAGAUAAGGAAUAUGGUGUUUCUCGUGGUGUUGAUUUCAAAAAUGUUGCAUGUGUUCUGAAUUUUGAUUUGCCCACGACGGCAAAAUCCUACGUGCAUAGAGUAGGUAGAACUGCUCGUGGCGGUAAAACUGGUACGGCAAUUUCAUUCGUGGUCCCAUUGAAAGAAUUUGGUAAGCAUAAGCCAUCAAUGUUACAAACGGCAAAGAAAGACGAAAAGAUUCUUUCACGAAUUAUCAAACAACAGAGCAAACUAGGAUUAGAAUUGCAGCCCUAUAAAUUUGAUCAAAAGCAGGUCGAGGCGUUCCGUUACAGGAUGGAAGACGGUUUCCGUGCUGUGACUCAAGUUGCCAUUAGGGAAGCUAGGGUGAAAGAAUUGAAGCAGGAAUUAUUGGCGAGUGAGAAGUUGAAAAGACAUUUUGAAGAGAAUCCAAAAGAGUUACAAAGUUUAAGGCAUGACAAAGAAUUACAUCCAGCAAGGGUGCAGCAGCAUUUGAAGCGUGUUCCAGAUUACUUGCUUCCUGAAUCAGCCAGAGGAAAUGGAACCAAGGUUAAAUUCAUUCCUUUCCACAAUCCUAAGAGGCGCCAUCCACAUAGAAAGGGAAAAGUUAGUAAGCCAAAGAGCGGUAAAGUCGACCCGUUGAAGAACUUCAAAUGA